AGCAUCGAACCCGCCGGCCACAAUGUCCAAAGCUAGCGAGACGGAUGCCUUGAAGGAGAAGGAGAGCGCGUCGAAAAACGGCAAUGGCACAGAGGCGGGGGACACAGACUGGUCCAAAGUCCCAUUCUGGACCUCCCAGCGGUUCCUGACCUCUGUGGUGACCUUUUGGGGGUUUGCCUGUCUGUACCUCCAGAGAGUGAACCUGAGCAUUGCCAUGGUGUGUAUGGUCAAGUCGGAGGUGGCAGGGAACCACACUGACCACACAGCCUUGUGGGCACACGGGGGGAAUACUAGCAACAGUACCUGGGGUUAUGACAUCGGCUCUGGGCUUGCCAGUGGUGCAGUAGUUAAUGUGUCCAACAGCAGCUUUGUACCACCGGCGGUCAGCACGCCCUGGACCACCACAUUUGCCCCUCUCCUGCAACCAGGGGAUGAGGGUUACUGUGAGGCAAUGGGACUGGCUAAGAAGGGAGAUACGACGGGAGAAUUCACAUGGAGCAAAGAGUUGCAAGGUUUACUUCUUGGUUCGUUUUUCUGGGGAUAUCUUGUCCUGCAGGUACCAAGCCAAGCCAUGGCGCGCCAUCUUCACGUCACUUCCGUUCUGGGCUAUCAUGGUGGGCCACACGUGCGGUAACUACGGCCUCUACAUGAUGCUCACACAGAUCCCCACCUACAUGAAGGAAGUACUCAAGUUUGACCUCAAAUCUGCCUCUUCCUCCCGGGUCUCUGUAUGAUCGGCCUCGCUUUCAUGGACUGCACCCAGCAGGCGGCGGCUGUGGCUCUGCUGUGUGGCUGUGUCGGGUUGUCCGGCGUAGCGUUCGCCGGCUACAUGAUCAACCACGGCGACAUAGCGCCGCAGUUCGCCGGCACACUGUUCGGGGUGACUAACGUGUCCGCGACAGUUCCUGGGAUCCUGGCGCCGUACAUUGUGGGCGCCAUUACCCCCAAUAAAACGAGGGAGGAGUGGCAGGUGGCUUUCUUCAUCGCGGCGGCCGUCUAUAUUUCCGGUGGCAUCUUUUACGUCCUUUUUGCUCAAGCAGCCGUGCAGAAAUGGGCGGAGAUACCUACAUCACAGACAAACGGCGCAGACUCAUCGGAGUCGAAGCGAAUGACGGACAUGGGAAUGGACGUGGACGAAAAUGAAGUGUGAGCCAAUCAGCAAAAAGGUCUCUUUUGUCUUUUCGCCAGCUCUGUGGUCCAAACAGACAACAACUGGCUGAUAGCUUAUGAAUCCACAGAACUGGGGCAUGGACAAGAAGUGUACAGCCAGCUUUUUAAGAUCCAGAAGUAGGACGCAAACAGAAGGUGUAGAGCUUUACAAGUUAAAACAUUUUUCCACAUAUAUUUGUAAUACGACCAUGUAGAAUUCUAAUGUGUACACAGUAUGCACUUGUACAACCCCCCCC